AUGUCGUUGUCUAGGAAAGCUAGCUGCGACUCGCAUGGUCAAGACUCCUCUUACUUCUUGGGGUGGCAAGAGUAUGAGAAGAACCCAUAUCAUCAACUUCACAAUCCUAAGGGGAUCAUCCAGAUGGGACUUGCAGAGAAUCAGCUCUCAUUUGACCUUCUUGAGUCUUGGCUUGCAAGCAACUCAGACGAAUUUGGGUUCAAGACAAAUGGAGUAUCCGUGUUCAAAGAACUCGCUCUCUUCCAAGAUUAUCACGGCCUCGCUGCUUUCAAGAAUGCAUUGGUAGAAUUCAUUGCAACAAUGAGAGGAAACAAAAUAAAAUUUGAUCCGAACAAACUUGUUCUCACUGCCGGUUCAACCUCAGCCAAUGAAAUCUUAAUGUUUUGCCUGGCAAAUCCCGGUGAAGCCUUUCUUCUUCCCACGCCAUAUUAUCCAGGUUUCGACAGAGACCUUCAAUGGCGAACUGGUGCUAAAAUUGUUCCAAUUCAUUGCUCCAGCAUAAACGGCUUCCGGGUAACUAAGUCUGCACUAGAACAAGCAUAUAACAGAGCCCAAAUGCUCAAUUUGAAAGUAAAGGGCGUAUUCGUGACAAAUCCUUCGAACCCAUUAGGCACAACCAUGUCUCGCAAUGAACUCAAUCUCCUCAUGGACUUUGCAAUCAACAAAAAUGUUCACAUAGUAAGUGACGAAAUCUAUUCCGGCACAGUCUUCGACUCCCCCAACUUCAUUAGCAUCGCAGAAGUGGUAAGCCACCGGAAGUUAGAAGACAAUAAUAUCAAUGGCCGCGUUCACAUUGUGUAUAGUCUCUCCAAGGACUUGGGUCUACCAGGUUUCCGUGUUGGAAUGAUAUACUCCAACAAUGAAACACUAGUCAAUGCCGCGACAAAGAUGUCCAGUUUCGGCCUAAUUUCGUCGCAAACUCAGCAUUUACUCUCACACAUGCUUUUUGACAAACAGUUUGUGUGCAACUACAUUCACGUGAACGAAAAGCGCCUCCGAAAGAGGAAGGACAUGAUGGUUGCCGGGUUUCGGGAUGUUGGAAUCAGAUGCCUAAAAAGCAAUGCGGGUUUGUUCUGUUGGGUGGACAUGCGACAUUUGUUGUCCGCUUAUACAUUUGAGGCUGAGAAGGAACUGUGGAAGAAGGUUCUCUAUGAGGUGGGUUUGAACAUCUCCGCUGGGUCUUCCUGUCAUUGCAGCGAGCCUGGGUGGUUCAGGAUUUGUUUUGCUAAUAUGUCUGAGAAAACAUUGAGUGUGGCAAUGCAACGAAUUAGGGCCUUUGUGGGAUCCAGUGGGAAGUGUGGGAACGGCAGGAGCAACCAAAGAUCAACGGUUAAAACGAAGUGGGUCUUCAAACUAGCAUCAUAUGACGAUGAUCGUGAACCAGAAGACCGUUGACUUUUACGCAAAUUAAAGUCAUAUUACAAUAACAAGAGAAGUACUUUUUGGGUAUAGCGAAUUUAGCUAGGAGAGUGGA